AUGAGAGCGCCGCGACCAUCGCCAUCCUCACCGUCCUCACCGUCCAACGCCAUCCUCAUCGUCCAACGGCAUCCUCAUCGUCCAACGGCAUCCUCACCGUCCUCACCGUCCAACGCCAUCCUCACCGUCCUCACCGUCCAACGGCAUCCUCACCGUCCAACGGCAUCCUCACCGUCCAACGCCAUCCUCAUCGUCCAACGCCAUCCUCAUCGUCCAACGGCAUCCUCACCGUCCUCACCGUCCAACGCCAUCCUCACCGUCCUCACCGUCCAACGCCAUCCUCAUCGUCCAACGCCAUCCUCACCGUCCAACGGCAUCCUCACCGUCCUCACCGUCCAACGCCAUCCUCACCGUCCAACGCCAUCCUCACCGUCCAACGCCAUCCUCAUCGUCCAACGGCAUCCUCAUCGUCCAACGCCAUCCUCACCGUCCAACGCCAUCCUCACCGUCCUACGCCAUCCUCACCGUCCAACGCCAUCCUCAUCGUCAAACGCCAUCCUCAUCGUCAAACGCCAUCCUCACCGUCCUCCCCAUUACCCGAGCAAAGACAGCGGCUAA